AUGUUUAUUAAAUACCGACCAAGGGGAUCCUACAGUAUCAACGGUACACAAAUGUUCUUUGGCAACAGGGAAGGGAUACAGUUGAAUCAAGGAGUAUCCAUCUACUACGACGAAACAUCUGUGCAUGUAAACGUUACAGUUUUUGGAAGCAGCAAUUAUUGUUUCGGCACAUUUGGUAGGUACAACUGUGUAGGUAAUGCUUAAUAUCAAACGACUAAGGCAGAUACAUAGCCUUGCUUUUCAAGAGGUGAAAUACUGCAAGUAACAUUGAUACACUCUAUUAUUUCAUUCCUUUGCUUCACAGAAUUAGUUAUGAGGUCCUGGACGCAUCUUCACGUUAAGUGGCAAAACACAGGCGACUUGAAUGUCUUCUUAGAAGGGGAAACUAGUUCUAUCGCCAGUGUAAUCUGCGGUAACAUAGUUACGCCUCUUCCUACAGCGAGAACAUAUAGCCUCGGAAAAGUGUUUUUUCCGAUUGUUUACCUGGACAAUUUAGCACUUUGGUAUACAAACAAAUCUCCGUUCAUUGAACCUUGGAAUCAAAUUAUAGGUAAGCUGAACUGUGCUUCUUCUACGACCGGACGGUAUAAAUGUAUUUAGAGGAAGUAAUAUAUAGAUUUAGCCAGGGCUAAAAGCGAAGCUCCCGGUAACAUUUAUAGUUUGCUCAAACAAAAUAAUUAUAAAAUCGUGUAAUGCUAAGCGGCGAAGGCAAGGAGAAGGGUGAAAACACAGCAAUAGGUCUAAUAAGCAAAAAAGCAACUUUGCACGUACAGCACACUUUUUUUGUACAUUUCUUUGUCGUUGUUUUGCACGACUACAACGUGAAACUUCCAGAAACUUCCUGGUUAGUUACACGUUUCAUGGAGGAAAUAACGUACGUGUUCUUGUCCACUUUUUGUUCACUGCUGCUCAUUCUCACCUCGGUGGCCGGUAGCAUUUCUCAUUUUCUCACCGCCGCUACAAAAUUGUCAUGUUGUUCUUCCAAAAAAAAUGUAUCCUUUGUUUUUUAUCUCUCGCUUUAGCUCUCUGUAGCUCUCAGUUUUCUCGUUGACUUCUCUGGUCUAUCUCCUACUUUCUCUUUUUCCCUGUCUCUGUCUCUCUUUUUCUAUAUUCCAAAUUUGUGGACAUGGCAAUUAAUCUAAGCUUAAUACUUCAGACAACACGGAUACAGAAACAACUUCCGCUUUCCUUUUUCGUCUUUAUUGACUCUUUAGUUGCCUCUGCUUCACAAUACUCGGGUGGCUAUGCGAUUUCCCGCCAAAAUAACCUCGAGUUGCAUUUGGGUUGCCAUACCUGUUGAUUGAGUUAUUUGAGUUAUUUUACAUUAGUAUGGCUGUGGUGCGGACGGACGGUCGCUCGGUCGGGCGUUGUAGCCUGUAAAGUAGAAAGUUUGAGAUAUUUUUAAUCGUUUCUCUGUCGAAACAUCUGUGAAAUUGUUAGAAAGAGUUAAUUUAAAAGUAUUUUAAGAAUUUUUUAUUUUUAUUUAUUUAUUUUUCUUUAGUGUUUUAAUCUAGCGUUUUUUAAAAUUAUUUUAGUCAAAACAAUUGUGUAAUUAUAUAUUCUCUACACGACCCCUCAAGCUACCAAGCUUUAAAUGUCAUCGUGUAUAAAUAACAGUUUAAAUCGAUUUGCUUUGAUUAAAUGGUAUCACUGAUUAAUGCCGAGUCUUCUUGUAAGUAGACACCAGUCCUUUCAUUGGCCAUGUUCUGAACGAGCACAGAACUGGUACGGCUUAUGACCGCAAAGGCUCUAGGGAUCGUUUGAGUUAACAGCAGGUAGCCAUCGUUUUGUGGACAGCAGCAAGCCACUAGUCAAAGGCACGCUAAAAGUUUUCGUGACUGAAGAAGACAUACCUGUUGCAUCAAGGUCCUUUGGAAUUCUGUAAUAGUAAAGAUUAGUUGCAUUUCUGAAGAUUUAUUCCACUGUGAAACGGCCAGCAGUUGUAGUGCGCCAUGUACGUUGACCUUUAUUCGGUCCCUCCAAACGAUCCCAAGAAGCUUUUUGACCGCUCAUUGCACCCAGUUUCCCACAUGGUUACAUCAUGGCCAAUUAUCCUGGCGUUAGUUUUUGCUGGGUGCUUAAUUACCAUGGUAGUGUCGAUUGAAUGAUAGUUUACCUCUUUGGCAGAUUUUGGCGGCUCAACCACACUCUUAUUAGAGAUUACACUUUGGGAUAAAGCUUGGCAUGUAGAUCUAAGUACUAACGAGUCACAGCAGUUUCAAGACUUAAGAAAUGAUUUUAUCGUUCAGGUAAGUAUAAGGGGAACGGACGAAAAAUGAAUUUUACGAACCAUUUGAAACAAUGGCCUUAAAUAGUUAUUGUACUGGAGAAAUUUGGCGAGGGCGGAAACACAAAACUUGCGGAAGUAAAACAAAAUGUAUUUGGCAAGAAUAAUUGGGUCGGUUCUGGAACAUUAACCCCUAAGAGGACUUUAAGUCUUUCUCAGUGUCUAACCAUGACAAAAUGUGCGAGGACGUGUCCCAUCAAGUGACGUCAGGGUAAUAAUGGGGGAACAUCCUACUACGCUUUCGUCCUUCCCGAAUCCCCAACGUUCCCAUUGUUCUACCCAGUCUUUUAACACUUGAAAUAACAAAUACUAAAAAUAGAAAAGAUGACGAGUAGGAGAGUACUUCCCAACUGGGCGGCUCCUCCCUAAAGCGGACCUACUUGUUUUGUGUUAAUCAGUAUGGAGAAGAAUAGCAGGGAAACCAAACUGAUGGCCGUUAUCAAGGCCACGAUAUUUUGUUGUUGUUGUUGUUUUUUUUUUUUACCUGAUCGUUGACUCCAUCAUAUAUUUGGCUACUUCCUUCACUCAGUUAGUUGUCCAUGUAUUUUGGGUUUUUUCAUUAUUUCAGAUUCAAACAAUUUAUAACAGUAGCAGGAGCAACAACCAGCCCAGUGAAAUAGACGUUGAUCAAUUUAGGUAAGUAAUUUUAAUUUUUUUCUUAAAAAAAAAAAAACCAAUUAUGGUUCUCGUGUUUUCAAGCGUCUUCUGAGGGGCUAGAUAUCGGAUGUAACUGCAGGCUCGUUCCCAGGCUCCUAUUCUACUCUCGUCCCCCUCUCGCUCCCUGGGGGACAAGUAGGAGGGGACUCUAGGAACGAGGUUGAUGUCACUGAAGCAGUGUCUGCUGUUUGAUAUGUUACAUAAUAAAGAGGCUUUUGAUCUUUCUAGAAGUGAUGCUGGCAUUCAAGAUAGAGUACGGGCUGAUGUGAAGAUAACAUUCUCUGGCAAGACAACCUGGAACGACACCUUAAUUUUACAGGACAGUUUUGAAAGAAACAGGUUCCUGGAAAGUUAUGCCAGUAUAACAAAUUGCUCAGCCGACGAUGGAUGUAAGUAGCGAACAAAGAUUUCCAUGAUCGAUACAAUCCAUGCAACGUGUCGCCCAUCAUAAAACAAACAAAACAACAAAAAUUUAAAAACACGGUUUACAACAAUGUAAUUUCUUAUAAGCGGUAAGACUCAAUACAAUAGACCAUUUCCGAGUUUCAAAAACCCUCACUUUCAAAACGAGGCUAAGUGUAAACCUUUCUUGUGUAAAUGAGAAUGAAUAAUCAUUUUCAUAUCAAUAGCUUCGCAAUUAGCCUCGCUUUGUAACAGAGGAUUUGGGCAACUCGGAAACAAUUGAAGUCGCGGCGGUCAUGCUGAUGGGCAAAACCAAAAGCGUUUUCCCCUUCUGGUAAGGAACGUUUCUUUUCAUGCUAAUUCUGUGAAGAAAAAAAACUGUAUAGUUUUUUGAAGUAACAUGGCCGCCUUGUCACGUGAUUGCAAACGAAGAAUAUUUUUCAUCCGUUUCUUUCUAGUUUUUUGCAGUGGGCUUGAAGUCAUUACAAAAGGAAUUUCAUCAACCUCUAACUCAAUAGGAAUAGAGUUCAAUCAUGUUCCAGGGGUAGACGAUAGCCCCGAUUUAAUGGGAUAUAAAGUACUGUACAAACAAACGGACAACGACGAAUGGUGGCAAGAAAUUGACAAAAGAGGUGGAUGGUAUCGACAUCAUACAAUCUCAAACUUGGCGCCAUAUACAAACUACUCUAUUCGUGUCGCUCCGUAUUCGUUUAAGGCCGGAGGAUUAGCGGGACCCAUACAAGUUAACGCAACGGCAGAAGGCGGUGAGGGAACUUUUAAGAUAUCAUAAGAGAGAAAAUUAUUUGGUAAUAUGCUAUUUACAGGCAGUCAUUACAGCUUGGAAGGACUGGUAAGGAAUCUGAAAACUUGGACCGAUUUGUUCGUCCCCCUUAAACAUGUCAUAAUCCAUGGACCCUACCUUUGUUAAAGCCUACUUUCUUCUUAGCCGAGAGAUCCCCCUGCGUAACUAAUUUAAGUGAGGCAACCUGGUUUCAGCGUUACUAAAAUUCGUCCUUGCAAACCUCUAUCUUAUCUAAAGAAAUACCGUCAACCUAUUGGUUAGGUACCAGAGCGAUGUGCUGUAGUAUACUGGAUAAAAAACGGUUUGUCACGUUCUCUACAACCCUUUCUAUCUAAACAUAAAUGUUUCGCCUAAGAGUAUGUAACAAAUUUCACAAACCAACUGUUGGUCAGUUUACCUUGUAGUUUUUGUUAAUUACUGAAAAGUUAAGUUAGCAAAAAAUCCUACAAAGGUAGUAGUAUAUGACGCAAAUAAAAAUCCUUUUCUCUCCUUUUAGUUCCGUCCCAGGCUCCCACUGAUGUUCAGCUCUUCAAUACAAGCUCCACCUCUUUAAAGGCCAUUUGGGGCCCAGUCCCCGAAUGCUGUCGUCACGGUGUCAUUCAGGGAUAUCACCUGACCUUAAAAACAAAUGCGACCUCGGAAAUUGCGCAUAAUGAAAACGUAUCAGAAGGCCAAUAUGAAUUGGAAUUUUCGGGGCUGUUGAAAGGUUACCCCUACAGAGGCUCUGUUUUGGCUUUUACCAGCAUGGGGAUGGGUCCGUCUAGCGAGGAGGUGGUCGCCACGACAGAGGAAGAUGGUAAGGGUACUUAAAGUUACACACCUUAAAAUGGAAAAAAGGAUCGUAAUUAUUGAGAAAUAUGCUAGAUAUUACGUUAUUAUUGUUUAUUUAUCAUUGAGCUAUGACAGAAAGAUAUAGAAGCACGAAAACAGAACUGUUUCACCCUGAAAGACAGGAGUGUUGUAGAGAUUACAAGGGUAGUAGGAGAAUUGCAGGUUAGCCAGGAACUAACAAGGUAACAAGAUACCUAUCAACGUUUAAGGUAGAUGCUUAUUAUAUUAAUUUUUUUGUUCCCAUCAAAGGCCAGUUAAGUAAGCAAUAAUGCAACAGAGGUAGUUUGAGAAGCGAAAAUUAUAAUUGAUUUUAAAAAAUCCUUUUCUUUCCUUUUUAGUUCCGUCCCAGGCUCCCGCGGAUGUGCAACUCUUCAACACAAGCUCCACUUCUUUGAAGGCUAUCUGGGGCCCAGUCCCCGAUUGUUGUCGCCAUGGUAUCAUUCUCGGAUAUCGCCUGUUAUUGAAAAAUAAGACUGGGGAAGUUGCGGGGAAUGAAACCGUUGCAGGCGGUCAAUAUGAAUUUGAAUUUUCGUCGCUAUUAAAAGGCUACCCCUACAACUUCUCUAUUCUAGCUUUCACCAGUAAGGGCGACGGUAAUUUAAGCCAGGAGGUGGUCGCCAUGACAGAAGAAGAGGGUAAGGGGACUUAAGAAUUAACCAUGCAUAAACUAAAACUAAAGAAAAGCAAUGUAAUUAUUAAAGGAAUAUUCCAUAUCCUCUGUACUAAUUUAGCGAUAAGGAAACAACAGUUACAUCCAAACUGCACAGGAGCAUUUAAUUUUUACUUGAAAAUUAAUGCACUCAUUCUCCGUUUUCUUUCGAAUUCCCUCGCAGUAACGUUAAAUAUUGAAUAUUGGAGAGGUUGAGAAUUGUCCUUUCGGCAAACGGCAAAAGUCAGAUUGAAGUUGACAAUUUCUCAAAGUAGGAGAUGAACAGAUAAAAACUGUGCAAAAUAAUUCUUAUUCCUGACUUGAAACUACUUAUCUUUGUGUGGAUGUAAAGAGCAGAAGUCGAUAUUCAUGUAAUACACACUGAUGUUUGCCUUUCGGCGGCGUCAGCAUCGCUAUCGCUAAAACAUGAACAAAUAAGUAAGAUACAACAUCUGUAAUAAUAAUUUUAAUCUUUUAUCAGCUCCUUCCCAGGCUCCUGUCAAUUUGCAACUCUUCAACACAAGCUGUACCUCACUGAAGGCUGUCUGGGGGCCAGUCCCUGAAUGUUGCCGUCACGGUAUCAUUGAAUUUCGCCUGACCUUAAAGGACAACACCUCCGGGGCAGUUGUAAGGGACGAGACAGGAGGCUUUGACAUCGGCGGAGAAUAUGAAUUUGAAUUUUCAGCUCUGUUAAAAGGCUACGCCUACAGUUUAUCUGUCUUAGCUUUUACUAGAAAAGGCGAGGGUCCUUCAAGCGAACAAGUGUCUGCCGCAACAGAAGAGCAAGGGAAAGGUAAGAUUGCUUCAACUUUUCAUUCACAGCGAAGAAAAGAAUAUUUUGAUAGCUUUUCUGCUUUCUUUCAUCUACCUUUCUAGAAGUCCUUGAAAUGAAUGUAGUUCUUGAUAAAAUACUAUACGAGACCUAGAAUGAUAAAUAUAGACUGUAGUAGAGAAAUAGUCACGGUAGAUCCUUAAAAACCUACACCCGUCCCCGCCAUUACCUUCGAAAGGGUGUUUUAUGGAAAAGAGUGGGAGAGAUAUUUUUUAUCAAAUUGCAAAACCUGUGGGUGUGAGUUUGCUUGUCGAAGCCAAGAAAGAAUUACUCAAUAUCAUCUUGAGGGGAAAAACCUUUUCUGUAUUUACCUUAGCCACUUUAAUCUGCAUACGCGAUUUAAAGAACCAGUUUGUUUGAUAUCUCUUCAGUAAGAUAACCGACCAACGAUGUGUAAGAUCAAUUGACACAUACCCCAUUUACAUGGAGAAAAGUUAUCCCAGUUUGAAGGGUCAUCCAGCUACCCGAGCUUCACUUGAUUCCCUUGGCGGCCCGCCAUCCUACGUUUCAUUCAUUUCUUCACAAAACGUGGCGAACUGUUUACAUGGGAAAAAAAACGUUGGCUCGUCUAGUCGUCUUGGCUCCUUUAUAGCUUUACUUUUCUCGCCUUUUUUUUUUGUUGCAAUUUAGGAGACAUAGGCUGUAUUUUGUAUAACGAUGCUGACCAUUACUGGAGCUUUGAUCAAUCGCAAAUACCGCAGAUUGCUGAUCAGAGGACUGGGACCGAAAUCACUCUGCACGGAUCGCCGGAAUCGAAAGACUCUCCAACGAGCAAGUCUCUCUAUUUGACAGACACGACGUCAGUGGAUCUGAUUGAGGUGACUGAAUCCUCUUGCCUCUUCGAUCCAUCAGUUUGCCCCACCGGUUUUUCAAUAACAAUGUUUAUUAAAUACCGACCAAGGGGAUCGAACAGUGUCGACGGCUUCCAGAUGUUCUUUGGCAACAACGAUGGCAUAAAGAACAUGAACCAAGUACUAAGAAUUUCGUGACUGUUUUACAGUGACAACGAGAACAUUUGGUAAGUAUAGUAGUAGUAUAAUUGUUUUUAAGCAGUGUUUUACUGUUAACAUCCGGGACUGGUUUAUUUUUUUUGGGUUUAUCAAGCAGUCUAUUAUUUUAUCACUGUCUUUUUGUCUAUUUAAAAAGAACAUUUACACGGCGGCUUAAAGAUAUGAAUUUUAUUUUCUCGUGGCAAAAACAAUACUUUAUAGUAUUGUUUUAGUAUAAUUGUUUAUAUUAGUCGAAAAGGUUUUAUUCUAGCAAUACAUGCGUGUUUUGUCUUAUUAAGAAAAUGAAAGACCGUCAGUGGGCUAUGAUAAAAUUUAUUAAACUAGAUUCUUCAGCGGUGAGUACCCGGCUGCUUUAGGUGAAUUAAACAGUUCUCUGGUUCUUAGUACUAUCAUUAAAAAACAAAACAAACAACAACAACAAAAAUGGUAAAAAACGUUGUGGGUUAAACUGCGAAUCACAGAGAGAACCCUGCUGGCAGCACGAGAUCAUUUUAUUCAAACUCAUCGAAAGAAAAUGGAUUAACUGUUAAGCACAAGGUAUAUGUACGGACUGUAAUUGAUUGGCUCGCUGUUGGGAUACGUUUUGGUUUAAGUAAGACGUUUUCCGCGGUCUCGUUCUUUUCUGUCUUCCAUAGGUUUAGCUUUAAACUCCUGGACGCAUAUCCAUGUUAAGUGGGAAAACCACAGAAACCUUAGUGUGUUUCUAGAAGGGAGAACAACCAGUGUUGGCCAGGGCAAAUGCGGUGCCGUGACCAGGUCCCUUAAUACAAAGAAAAUAUACAGCCUUGGGAACGAGUUUUUCCCGACUGUUUACUACGACGAUUUGGCCCUGUGGUUUACAGAUAUACCUGCGUUCGUCCAACCCUGGAAUUAUAUCACAGGUAAGGAAGUCUCCUACCUUUUCCCCUUGUUUAAAGUUACUCGUAUGCCAAUUGGACCAGACUUGCCCCCAUAAUUCCCACUCUUUAAUUCAGUUAAAAAAAUUUUUAGCAAGUGUACUAACAAGGUCGCGAGCGACUCGAGCGACAAAACAAAACCACCACAAAGAACUUUUUGAAGUCUAUUAUUGGACGAGAUGAAAGCACUAGAAGACCUUAUCACAAUGCCCGCCAUGUUAAAAUGUUUUUCACCGAACAAAAGGCUAAGAAACAUAAUAACAACAAAACCAACAACUCACGAUUCGCUUUACUGCAAACUUUUACCGUCUGAAAGGAGUAAUACAUGUGGAGAAAGAGACUGCGAAGGUGACAAGGCCGACUACCGCAGGGACUACUGCUGUAAUCAGGCACCUUUUGUUUACCAUCUAAACUACACUGGCACUAUUCUGGCAUUCCUUUUGGCUUGUUACUCAAUUGCCGAGAGAACUUUAAUAAAAAAAUAUUUUACUCAAUUUGCAGAUCAUGGCGGCUCAACCACGCUCUCACUAGAACUUAAUCUUUUGGACGUAGCAUGGCAUACAAACCUGAGUGACAAAGGGUCAGUGGAAUUCCAAAACUUAACAAAUGAGUUCAUCAAUCAGGUAACGUCGCAUCGUCAAUGAGAAAGAUUUGUUGUAACCAGUAAUUUGAUAGACUACGAGCAGUCUCUCGUUUUUCUUAGUCCGACGAGUGAAAUGCACGAGACAUGAAAGUGAACACUCGCGUGAUGGAACGCGGGAGACGGGGGAGCUGCCGCCCUCGUUUCUCGCGUAGCUUCGCCGCUCGACGCUCGCGCGCGCGUGCACUCUCCUUACUAAAUCUGAAGAAAAGGAGAGACUACUCGCAGUCUAGUAAUUUGAAGCAGUAUGAGUAUGAAAUGGUAUCUAUUCGACAUUUUAGUUUAAUUGAUGCAUAAGACAACUUUCUUUUUUUUUUUCAGAUUCAAACAAUUUAUGCUGAUAGCCGUAGCAACAACCAACCGAGUGAAAUAGACGUAGAUAACUUUAGGUGAGUUUAAAAAACCCAUCCAGUUAGGGGUUUUAGGACACUACCUGUUUCUUCAUUUCAAAAGGCCAUAUCAGUGAGUUUGCAACGUACCACUGAGUUUUCGGAUUUUCAAAUGCAUUUUAACCAGUUCACAAGUCGUUUGAUUGAAUCGUUAGAGGUUUUCAACAAACUCAAAAGUGAACAAAAUGGUGCUCAAGACUUUGUAUUUUGUGUUGGUAUCAUAACAUAAAAUAAGUAACAGGUUUGUACACACAUGUUACUAAGCUUUUUACUUGUUUUAAACAGGAUAUUUCAAAUUUAACAAUAGAAAACAAGUGUAAUGUCCCUGUAUAUUCUUAUUUCCUGUAACUGAAAAUUUUCCUUGAUAAUCAAUUCACCCAAGAAGGGAUUAUUAUAUAGAAUUUUUUCCUAGAACUUUUCUAUGUUCAGUGGUGUAAAUAUCAUACUAAAUAAGGAGACAACAUGAGCGAGUGUCUUUUAAUCUGUCUAGGGACAAUCCUGAUUCCCAGGGUACUGUACAGGCCGAUGUGAGGAUUAAAUUCUUAGAAAAGACAACCUGGAAAGAUGCCUUAAUUUUACAGGACAGUUUAGAAAGGAAUGGUUUUUUGGGAAGUAGUGUAAGCAUAACAGAUUGCUCAGCCGACGAUGCGUGUAAGUAACUCAGAACACUGAAAGUAAGAAGAGCGUGAUGGUUUAGAUGGUACUUUGAUGUAACAAUAGUAAUCCCUGUGGAGUAGGCGUAACCUUUUCCAAUAUGGUUGCCACUAAGUAAUCACUUAGUGGUUCUCGUGAGGGACCGUAGAUUGAUUACUUGUGAUAGGUGCAUCACGAAUCUCAAUCGAUCACGGUGUGACCAAUAGUCCCGUUCAGUUAAUAUACGCCAUUGCCAGCGGUACGAAUCAAAACGUCGCGAUCAAGAAUAAAUUGACGAUAAACGAUCCUAUCAUGCACGUUCCACGAUCGUUAACAUUAAUUUAUAAUAUCUUUAGUAUCUUUAACUUUAUCUUUUUUUAAUAUCUUAAACGGUAUAUUUUUUCUCGUAGUUUAUUGCAGUGGACUUCAAAUCACUAUAGAGGAUUUUACUGUAAAGCCCACCACAAUAGCAAUUACUUUCAACAAUAUUCCAGGGCUAUACCAUAGCGCUGAUUUCAUGGGAUAUGCAAUUCUGUUCAAAAUGACAGACGCGGAGGAAUGGUGGCAAGUUAGGUACAAGAGAGGAGGCUGGGGUCGAACUUAUACAUUUAAAGAGUUGAGGCCUUACGUCAACUACACCUUUCGUGUUUCUCCGUACGCAUUGAAGGCUGGAGGAUUAGCAGGGCCCCCACAGACAAUCCAAACAAAAGAAGAUAGUAAGUGAUCUGUUUCUGGUAACCAUGCAAUCCUUUUUCAAACCUCAGAUAACUAUCAAGGAAACCUGUAUCGAAUUAUCAUGCCAAGAGAGUUGAGCAUGAAAGACUGUCUGAUCAUGAUAAUAUAUAGAUUUAGCCAGAGCUAAAAGUAAGCUCCAGUUUAUUCAGUGAAAUCAGUACUGGAAACCUUAACCGUUCAAUAUAUUCGCAAAUUCUAUAUUUCUCGUAAGAUACUUUGAUUAUGCGUUUGAGCCAAGCGGAAUGAAAAUUUUACUUUUUUACUUCUAUUUUUUGUGAUGGUAGCUGGAGUGGGGGGCUGGGCCGGUGGACAAAGUGGACUGAUCGCCGUGACGAAUUGGAGAGUGCCACGGGGGUUUGAGUCCUUUUUUUUUUUUUUGAAAACGCGCCAACAUUAUAGUUAAGGACUUUUCUCAGUCAGUUUUUGGGCUAUUAAAGCCACUGAGUUAUGAGUAAAGAAAACAUAUCAGCGCACGUUUAAUAAGUGGAGUAUUUAAGGCGGAAUGUAAGACAUGGAAACAUCACUCUGACUUUCUUAAGCUCUGGUAUUCAUGCAUAAUAAAUAUUUAUGCCAUUAUCAUGGAUAUUUCCCUUGCGAUUGUUCGUUACGUAUUUCAAUUACCAGGGUGUUACUUUCAAAUUGAUGUAAUUCUAGGAGCGAUAAAUUUCAUUAUAAACACUGUUAAGGCGAAUUUAAUUUCCUAUUGAGUUUUAGAGUAUGUUGAACUUAUUUUUAUGUGUGUUAGUAUGUACUAUAUAUGUUAGUAUGUUAUAUAUGUUAGUAUAUUAUGAAUGUUAGUAUGUUAGAGUAUGUUGACUUAUUUUUUUUUUAGUGCCGUACGCAGGUCCCGGAAUUCUAGAAGCCUAUACCAUUAACAGCACUUCCUUGUUUGUGAGAUGGAACAAAGAAGGCAUCCCUGAGGACAAAUGGAACGGAAUUCCGAGGUCAUUCGCAAUACAUGGAGAAGGAACCAACUGUACGGGCUGGAAGAUUCAUGUCAAAUAUGUGUCUCUCAACGUUUCCUCAUUCAUUGUUACCAACUUGACAGGCUGGAUAAAGUAUAGAGUUAGAGUGAGUGGAGUAACAACACCAGGAAUUGGACAUGCCUCUGAGAAGAUUGUCCGGACCAAUGAUUCAGGUACAACUGAGUUACAAGGAUAGUGCCGGAGGCGAGUCAUGGGCUUAAGUUUCUUCUCUGUAAGGGUGUAUCUCGGCUGCAGUGGCUUUGUUCAACCUUUUUUAAUCGCAGAGUCAGUUAAGAGGACUUGAAAAGGAGGUUAUUCUUUUUUUUUUCGUGACCAUUCUAACGAAAAAAAUUCAUCAACACUUUCACCAGUGCUGUUUUUUUUCUUUAUUUUUCUUUAUUUUCCAAACGUCCCGCCUCACGUACCUUACAAUCCCUAUAACCCUUUCUCGAUUGCCUAAUAUUAAGCUCUGCUAUGUAAAUUCUCCCGCUUCCAACAAUUUUAGAAUUCCCAGCUCUUAUCCUUUCGGACCUUUUCUCUUCCGCUUCCCGCACCCCUGGUCUCCUGGCCCCAAAUCCCCGUCCUAGAGUUGAACAUUAGAGGCAAACACUAACUGUGGGAUCCCUGUGUGUAGAUACACAACCUUGACACAUUUACUUUUAUGUAUUUACUUUCCUUUCAGUUCCAAGUCAGGGUCCGGAAGAAAUCAAUGUGAUGUAUAUUAAUAACCACAGUCUGACGGUCACGUGGAGUGAAGUGCGUUAUUGUUUUCAACAUGGCAUUGUACUGUCAUACGAAGUACAGUUCCGUGAUGUGGAAGGCAACGCCCCGGAUUUAUUGCACAACAUAACAGUCCUAGCUGACGCUGAAAGAAGGCUUAACUUCACUAAUCUAAAGAUAUAUUGGUUAUAUGGCGUCCGUAUCAGGGCCUUCACCCGACAUGGUCCCGGAACACCGAGCCAAGAGGCUACGGGACGAACAGAUGAAUGGAGUAUGUAACUAUGAGGGAACAGAAUGUCUUACGUCGUAUAAGUUUAUUUGUCACACUGCUUACUGCGCUUUCCAAUACCGCGCGAACUCUGCCGGAAUUUCAAAGGAUAAAUUCACAAUUGCGAUUUGCUGUCAAUCAUAAUUACGGUCACAAGCAACGAAGUGAACGAAACUUCAAGCACAGCAGACACAAAAUAAAUCGAAAUCCACCAAGCACAAAUCACAAACCAUGAACGUUUGAACUCGCUGACCUAAACUUCUGUUUUCUAAGAGAUGAUUGGCGGCUUCAAAGAACGCAAACGUUAGUAGAGUUCGCGUGUUAUUGAAAACCACAUUAACUUGUAGAAUUUGCACUGUCAGUUGUCAUUUUUGGUUGUUUCCGUAUUCAGUCACCUUUUUUUGCUCAAGAUCUUUUAGGAUCUGUGGCAUGUGCACAUCUAGUUAAUCUCCCGCGUAUCACAGCUUUUUUAGAUGUGGCUGACAUACACAUAUUCUCUUAGAGCCGGGGCAGCCAAUCAGGACAAAGUAUUCCAGGAAAAAAAUAAGAGUGGGUGACCCUGUGGGACUUAUUGUUACCAUUUCCAGAAGCAUUUCAAAUCCCCUCCUCUGAUUGGUCAGAAGGUAUUUUUUGCCAAUAAGAUAUGGUGUAUUGAGAAUCUCUUGUGUCCUGGUGCUCUCCAGUUCAUGUAAUUUAUUUUGCCGGCGGCGAAUUAGUCAUUUGUCUCCGAAAAUGGCAGACACUUGAAUUGAAAAAGAAGUUUAUUGCACAACCAAUUAAAUAACAACAUCACCGUCUUCAAAUAAGUCAUAAUAGAGGGCGGGAUAAUACUCACCCUUCAUUCUCCGUAAUUAUCGCACUUUUUUUAUGCUGUCUAUAAUUGCUUCCUUAAAAAGUUGACUCCACUAAAAGGGAAUGUCUACGGAAAGUAGAAAAGGAAUAAUUAUAGCAUAUGGAAUGUCCUUAGCUUACACAGAAACUUGUUUCCAGUCCCUAUUGUAGCUCCAACUAAUGUCCAGGCCUCCGAUCCGGAAACCACCAGCAUAAAACUGUCUUGGUUUUUUGAAAACAAUGUGCGAGACGUCCUCGGUAUUUUGACGAGCUUCCGGAUCUUCUAUAAACUCUCCAGCAACAACUCUGCUCCUGAACAAGUUCACGAAGUUGGAGCUGAUGAGAGGCAAGCACAGAUAACAGAACUAAAUAUCUACAGGUUUUACACGUUUUCCGUCGCUGCAAUGACAAGUAAAGGAUAUGGGAACAUAAGUGCAAAUGUUUCGUUGCGAACUUUGGGCACAGGUUAGUGGCUAAAUAUGUCAAGCGAAAAUGAUGAAAAUAGGCGGAAUGGGUACUUUCUCUAAUGACCAAUACACGGUGGCUCUGCCCUGAAAGUAUCGAUUUUUCAGGCCUUAGAUUAGUUAAAAGGCAGUGAUUUCACGCGUUGAAGUAUAUAAAAGGUUAAGAAGUAGCAUUUUUAAUGGUGGGUAUACGAAAGAGUUGACGUUUCCGUGAAAAGUGGUUUAUAAAAGGGUAUAGGUUUGGAACAUCUUUCGCAAAGACAUCCGGGACUGUUACUAGGAACAGGGAAGAAAUUGGCCAAUAGCUGACCAGUGAGUCUCCAGUAACUAUCCCAGAAACAAUUGCAGGACGCCUUUUGGUUCCAGUCCGUACUCUUUCCUAAAUUGGCGAAUUGAUAUUUGGAACACAAUGUUUCCACUUAUGCUGCUAGAUAACAUUCAGAUUUGAAUAUGUGUGUCCGCUGGUUAAAUGAGCAGCAGGUUCUUUUGCUCCGCUUUAUGUUCAAUAAAUUAUAAAGUGAUUUAUUUGUUGUUAUUUCCAGCCCCAGGACAUCCUCCUGUUCCAAUUGAAAUGUCAAACACAAGUUCCACCAGCCUUAACGUGACCUGGGGCGUGGUUCCACCAGCUUAUCAUCACGGUGAAGUCGCUGGGUAUCAUAUAUUUUUAAUGGAGACUGGUAAUCCUUGGGUUGAUUUUGCUAACAGGACAUUUUCACUAGGUGAAAAUAGCACGGAAUUUACCGGGCUCAAGAAGUUCACCAGUUACACCGCAUAUGUUCGAGCAUAUUCACUUUUUGGUAAAGGACGUUUUGACAUCGUCAUCGCAUUAACAGAUGAAGACAGUUAGUAUUAUUCUUUCAUAAUAACAUUCGACACUCUUAAUAAGCAAACCUGCAAGAGCCAAAACUGAAUGUUAGGCUGGCACUAUGGCAAAGGGCUGAUUUACUAUAGGCCAAUAUUUCGGCUAACAAAAGUAGCCUUCCUUAGGGCCAAAUCUCUUUAAUUAGAGAUCCGGCAAGAGGAACCAGUUAGUUUUAUUUACGCGUUGCGUGGACCUAUGCAUUCAAGCAGUUUUUCUUGCACGAGCCAGCCCUUGUAUAUUACAAACUGGUCACAAGAGCCUUUCAUAUUAGUCACUGUUUAAACGACGUUUCAUGAUGCUGGUUGCUUGUCCCUUACGACGAGCGACAACUUUUCUUUCUUGUUAACUUUAUUUGAUUAAUAGACAGACUCUUGGCUGAUCAGCAUUAUUGAAAAAAUUCGUUCCACUCUGGUUAGUUCCUUCCCAGGCUCCCGCUGAUGUAAAGUUAUUCAACACAAGCUCCACGUCUUUAAAAGCUGUCUGGGAUCCAGUCCCUGAAUGUUGUCGUCACGGUAUCAUUCUCGGAUAUCGCCUGUUCCUUAAAGACAACACUUCUGCCUUGAGUGUGAGGAAUGAAACUACAACAGCCGAUCAAUAUGAAAUCGAGUUUUCCUCCCUGUUAAAAUUCUACGCCUACAGCUUUUCUAUUCUAGCUUUCACUAUCAAGGGGGACGGUCCAUCAAGCGAGGAAGUGGUCGCCAUGACAGAAGAGGAUGGUAAGGGUACUUUUAAACGAUAACUUAAGUGUACAAUGUAUUCUAGAAGGAAACAUCAGAUGCAUCUAAACAACCAUUUUUGUUUAAGAAUUUACAGUUGAUGUUUGAUUUAAAGAAUACGUCAAUUUAACUAUAAGCAUCUUAGGCUUGUUUCUUAUUACGAACGGUACGUAUUAAUGUCGUGACAAGGGAACUACUUGAAACAGCAUUCAUGCAGAUGUUUCAGGUCUCUUUGACAGUGUCUUUUGUCAUUUCAAUUUUGUUGACCAUAAUCAUUUAUCCUCUGGAUUUGAACACUUGAUAGCGAAAAAUGUUUUAGUCGAGAAUGGUUCAAGACAUUGUUCAUGAAUUAGAGGCGAUUAUAAGGAAACUGCUAAUGACUCUUUACUUCUUGGUUCCCAGUUCCCAUUACAUCACCAUUCAACGUAUCUGGACAGAAUACCAGUGCUUGGAGCUUGUUGGUAGAAUGGGACUUUGACGAUUACGUUCGUCACGUGCUCGGCGUCCUGCGCGGGUUUCGCGUGUAUUACCGAAACAUAAACGACAGUGCUGCAUCAUGGGAAAGUCAAUACGUUAGGGGUCCUCUAUUGCGUCAGACAGAAAUUAGUGGCUUGGAGGAAUACAGAGAUUAUAACAUCACAAUUACAGCAUUUACUAGGAUUGGGGAAGGUGUUAGGUCUCCGUUUAUUGUAACAAGAACUGACGAACACAGUAAGUUUUAUAACUAUAAUUAGAUACAAAUUGAGAGGACACUAUUUCACCGACUUAACAAAAGAAUUUCUCGUCAUUUAUAACUCUUCAGAAUGCAACAUUAUUUUUAUUGAUUUCAUGAUCCAUCCUGGGCAACUUGCUAACUGAAAUUUUUGCUCUUGCUUUUGCUUGGUUAGCGUGGGCUGGGGUAGUUGAUUUUUUAAAAUUUAUUCGCUGCUUAUUUUUAUUUACUUUUAAACUGUCCGAUAUGAAGUGUCCAGUUACAAAAAAAAGGACAAAUGGUUGCCGCAUUUCUACUCUAGUGUCAAAGGUUAGCGAAGUGUGCGACAUAUUCAACGCAUUAAAAAAAAUGCGUUAUGCGUUACGCGUAACGUUACGCGUUAAUGCGUUAUGCGUUACGUAAUAGUAAACACGUUUCAUUUAUCUUUUCAGCAUAUUAAAUUUCUAAAAAUGAAAGAUUGUUUCUGUUUUUCUCCCUCCCCUUCUUGUAACCUUGGCUCUCUUUACGAAAUAUUUUCACAGUUCCCAGAGCUCCUCCUACUGACGUCACCGGAAUAAAUACCAGCUCAACAAGCCUGCGCGUGAACUGGGGCGAGGUCCCCUUCGCAGACCAACUAGGAAUUAUCCGAGGAUAUAGAGUUUUAUUGUGGAGAACCAAUCAGAGUGAGCAGAUCUUGCAGAACGUGACGGUUGCGUCACGCAACGUUAGCUUCAUGGGACUGGAAAAGUACACUAAUUACAGUAUUCAAGUUUCAGCGUUUACCAUAAAAGGAGAAGGAACCCAAAGCGAGGCUAUAGUGGUGAUAACUGACGAGGAUGGUGAGUGACUUAGUCAGUAGCGAUUAAGGUUCGUCACGACUCUAACGCACGGGCUUAUCUAGCGAGUGUAGAAUGUUGCAGCCCAACUAAUGUUAAAUAAACCUGUUUUUGCGGUAGAACAUAUAAACGCCGAUGACGUCAUACCUUUUGUUUUUAUAUGAUGAAUAAAUACGCUGGAAUCUCAUUAAAAUAAUGUCAUGUUCUAUUUUUCGGUGGUUUAGCCAUUUAGACAGGUUUUUUUUAGAUAUUUUAAGGUCGAUGAAUUUCUUAGUUUUUAGUCAACCAAUCAAGAACCAAGACAUUCAUCCUCUUAAAAAUAACUAAACAACCUGCCCAACCGGUUUAACCACCUAAAAAUAGCACAUGACACAUGUUAACGAGAUUUUACUGCAUUUUAUUCAUGAGAUAAAGACAAAGACGACGUUAAUGUAUUCAUCCGUAAAAGCAGGCUAAUUCGGUCCCUAACAAGAGGAUUUUCGAUGAUAUAUCUCCAGCGCUUUUAAAACCUCACUGACCACCCAAACAUGAUAGGUUAAUGGGCCAUUUUACAGUUAUGUAUGGAACCGAGGCUGGAGUUGACCUUUGUUUGAUACAAACCUUCCUGCUUUACCAUGUAAAUCAAGUUAUUCUUCUGCUAACCAGUAUUUUUCAAGGACAAUUUCCAUAACACAGCAGAGGAGGUUUGUAUCAAAACGAGGUCACCGUCAGCCUUACAUUCACUCGAAGGCUAGGGUGCUUAGUGCACAACUGCAAAAUGGUCUAUUUUUGAAAUUUCUCCAUUUUUAUCACGUUCAAAGAUAUCCAUGUGUUAGCACCUCCCCAGCUCGUACUUUCGAAAGAAAAGCCUCUUGUCUUGCGCUCCUCUGCGGUAAGAUUAAACAUAAACAAGCAUGAUAAAACGUUCGGAUAAUAUUAUGUAACUGUCGAUAGACAGACAGGUGGCUGGUAAAGCUAAUGUCAGUAUAAUUAAGAAUUUUUUUUUUUCACUCUGGUUAGUUCCGUCCCAGGGUCCCGCUGAUGUGCAACUCUUUAACACAAGCUCCACUUCUUUGAAAGCUGUCUGGGGCCAAGUUCUACAAUGUUGUCGUCACGGUAUCAUUCGCGGAUAUCGCCUGUUCUUAAAGGACAACAGUUCAACGGAAAUUGUGAGCAAUGGCACUGUAACAGCUGGUCAAUAUGAAUUUGAAUUUCCAUCACUUUUAAAAUACUACGCCUACAGCGUUACUGUUCUAGCUUUCACUGUCAAGGGCGACGGUGCUUUAAGCAAGGAUGUGGUCACCAUGACAGAUGAAGAUGGUAAGGCUUCUUAUCUUUCACAAUCAUUCUUUCUCAGCGUUCAUCUGUUCUCUUGGUCCCUUUCUAAAAGGAAAACAGAGAAAACAGACCAUUUAAAAUGACUGUCGCCUGUUCAUCUGGACACUUAAAAGUCGUGUCUUCAAUUAGUUUUUGUGUGCUAAAUACAAGACAAUUCCCCCAUCUUUUUUUUACCAAAUACGUCUUUUGCCGUUUCCACUUUGUUUGGUUUAAUCAUGAUUCCAAACUUGUUAAAUUCUCUUAUUCACAGUUCCCAUUACAUCACCAUUCAACGUAUCUGGACAGAAUACCAGUGCCUGGAGCUUGUUGGUAGAAUGGGACUUUGAUGAUUACGUUCGUCACGUGCUCGGCGUCCUGCGCGGGUUUCGCGUGUAUUACCGAAACAUAAACGACAGUGCUGCAUCAUGGGAAAGUCAAUACGUUUGGGGUCCUCUAAUGCGUCAGACAGAAAUUAGGGGCUUGGAGGAAUACAGAGAUUAUAACAUCACAAUUACAGCAUUCACUAGGAUUGGGAAAGGUGUAAGAUCGCCGUUUGUUGUAACAAGAACUGACGAACACAGUGAGUUUUUACAAAUGUAUUUAGUUCAGAAAAAAAUUGAAAUGAGAAGUGUCCGAGAUAACGAAAUAAUUUGUAAUCUGUUUGUGUCCCGUCAGUUUGUAGCUUUUUUUUCAUUGUUUUUACAAUCAAGUCCAAUGUGUUAUUGUCGUGUUCUGUUUGUUAUUGAUUCUGAUUGGUUAGAAUGAGCUUGGGUAAUAUUCAUGAACUGUUUAACUGUCCGAUUUGAUCUGUUCAAUGAUAAGCUGCUUGCAAUUGAAAAAGUUAUCACUACAACUGUACCCUAAUGAUAUUGAUUAGCAAGGUGGGUAACACAUGCUCUGCAUUUUUAAUGUAUUACAAUAAAGACUGUGGCAUCCUCCUUCUUAAGAUGUUACUUUUUUAACCAGUUCAUGGUGAAAUAAAGGCAGUUAAAAGCCUCAAAGAUACGAGUAAUAUUGAAACGUUGACUAAAGAAACUCUCUGAGUAGGUACAUGCAAAAGUUGCUACAGUCAAGCAGUAGAAAUGUUGACUAGAGUAUACCAGUUUCCCACGUCGCUUAUCAGUGACGCUUGGGUAGAGUAGACGGGUAGAAACCAGUCAAAUUGUGUCACGUUUCUCGUCUCUCCUUCUUGUCAUAUUAUAACUUUCUACGAAAUUCUUUCACAGUUCCCAGAGCUCCACCCAGUGACGUCACUGGGAUAAAUACCAGUUCAACAAGCCUGCGCGUGAACUGGGGCGAGGUCCCCUUCUCGGACCAACUGGGAAUCAUCCGAGGAUAUAGAGUGUUAUUGUGGAGAACCAAUCAGAGUGAGCAGACCUUACAAAACGUGACGGUUGCAUCACGCAACGUUAGUUUCAUGGGACUGGAAAAAUAUACCAAUUACAGUAUUCAGGUUUCAGCAUUUACGGUGAAAGGAGAAGGAAACAAAAGCCAGCCAAUCGUGGUUAUAACGGACGAGGAUGGUGAGUCACUUAGAAGCGACUUCCGGAAGGAUCGUCAGUACCAAAGCUAACGGAAGUAUCUGACCCUCAAGGCUACGAACUUGGGGAGUGGUGUGAUUGUUAGCUUAUGAUGUCAAAGGGAAGAUAUGUAGUACUUGGUUCUUUGAUUUGUAUAAUAUAGGAUCAAAUGUGAAAAGGAUAUCCACAGAAUCAGCUACUGUUAGUUCACGCAUUGCGGGUCACAAGUAGGAUUGAUUGCCGCAAUAUUUUACUUUUUGAGUUAGAUUUGCAUACUAACUAAUCUAGCAAGAUUACAAUGUUGCAGUCCACCUAAUCCACUUUUACGUCAGGUUUUUCGAUCCGUAUGUCUCGCGGGCGCGGGUGCUUUUAAAACUUUACUCGUACCCAGAAGGUAUACGUUAAGUUUUGAAAUUAUUUCGUUAUUAUUAUCUUUAAAAAUAUUCGUGUGUUAGCACUUCCAGGUUUGUACUUUUGAGAGAAAAGCCUCUCGUCUUUCCUUUUUCUAAGCUGUUAAACAUUAAAAGUAACAUGAUAAAACGUUCGGAUUACAUUUUGUAGCCGUCGAUAGACAGAUAGGUGACUUGUGACGCUAGUGUCAGUAUAAUUAAGAAAAAUUCUUGUCACUCCCGUUAGUUCCUUCCCAGGGUCCGGUUGAUGUGCAGCUCUUCAACACAAGCUCCACUUCGUUGAAAGCUGUCUGGGGCCGAGUUCUCCAAUGUUGUCGUCACGGUAUCAUUCGUGGAUAUCGCCUGUUCUUAAAGGACAACAGUUCUACGGCGAUUGUGAGCAAUGGAACUGUAACAGCUGGUCAAUAUGAAUUUGAAUUUCCAUCACUUUUAAAAUACUACGCCCACAGCGUUUCUGUUCUAGCUUUCACUGUCAAGGGCGACGGUGCUUUAAGCAAGGAAGUGGUUGCCAUGACCGAGGAAGAUGGUAAGGAAGUUCUUAAUCUUUUAUAUUCAGUUCUAGUUAGUAAUAAUUGAAAUGUAUAAUUUACUCGAAGGACGCUUACUUACGGCCAGAUAAUAACAGAAUCAGUUUUGUUCUUACCCAGGGUCCUCUGUGUUUUUCCUGAGCACUGUAUUGUUACUUACAGUAGUCCCAAGAGAAAUUGAAAACAAUGCUUAUGCAAACUUUUUGAGGGAAAACAGAGAGGUUUAUGGGUUUUUGAAAAUGGGCUUUUCGCUUUUAAUAUAUUUUGUUUAAGCAAAUUCCCUUAUUAAUGCACAGAAAGACAAAGAGAGAUAGCAUUAACCGUCCUCAUUUCGAGAAAACUUUUUCUCGAUCUGCAUCUUUCCGAUUGCUCAAAUAAGGUGGCGGUCUUCCUAAAUACAUCUUUUUUCAUUUAAAAUAUUGUCUGCCUUUAAUCAGCAAGCCUUUUGUUUUUAAAUGGUUCGUUUAGUAAAGCGAGUUUCACUCGUGUAUUCUGUGCAAAAAUAUGAACUGAAACCCUCAAAGCUGUCAAACAUCACCAGACAUGUUUAAUUCUCUAAUUCGUAGUUCCCAUUACAUCACCAUUCAACGUAUCUGGACAGAAUACCAGUGCCUGGAGCUUGUUAGUAGAAUGGCACUUUGACGAUAACGUUCGUCACGUGCUCGGCAUCCUCCUCGGGUAUCGCGUGUAUUACCGAAACAUAAACGACAGUGCUGCAUCAUGGGAAAGUCAGUACGUUUGGGCUCCUCUAAUGCGUCAGACAGAAAUUAGUGGCUUGGAGGAAUACAGAGAUUAUAACAUCACAAUUACAGCAUUCACCAGGAUUGGGGAAGGUGUAAGAUCGCCGUUUGUUGUAACAAGAACCGACGAACACAGUAAGUUUUAACAGAUUAGUGUAGGCAGUUCGAUACAAAAAUUAAAGGAACUUUAUCCGCUGUGUAGGAUAAAAGGACACGCUCUCGGCCAGUAAGAACGCAGAAGUUUAUUAUCGGCAAGUUAUUAGCAAAGUGUGUAGUGAAAUAACUUUGCAAGGUAUAAGAUGUGACGGUCUUUACAUGUGUCUCACAUGUUUAAUCAGUAAUACAAGUACACAGUAGAUGGGUAAUCAAUCAAUUACAAUAAAGAUCUGUGACUGAAGUAAUUAACAAUGCAUUAACUCUUUUACAGUUCCCAGAGCUCCCCCCAGUGACGUCACUGGAAUAAAUACCAGUUCAACAAGCCUGCGCGUUAACUGGGGUGAGGUCCCCUUCGCAGACCAACUGGGAAUCAUCCGAGGAUAUAGAGUAUUAUUGUGGAGAACCAAUGACAGUGAGCACAUCUUGCAGAACGUGACUGUGGUGUCACGCAACAUCAGCUUCAUGGCACUGGAAAAGUAUACUAAUUACAGUAUUCAAGUUUCAGCGUUUACCAUAAAAGGAGAAGGAAACCAAAGCGAGGCAAUAGUGGUGAUAACUGGCGAGGAUGGUGAGUCACGUAGCAAUGAGUAA